AUGGAAAAUACUCGUACUAAGGAAUGGUCUAAAAGAAAAGAAGAAGAGCCUGAAACUUCAACGAACAAGAGAUGUUGUUCACCACCAUUCGAAAAUUCAUCGGUCGACGAAUUAGCCCAACAAAUUCAAUCCAAAUUAGAUUCAUUAAACAAUUAUCAGCACGUCAAGCCAGAUUAUUGCAUCUUCCGAAUCCCCGGUAAAUUUUCCGACGAAUAUUUAGCACCUUAUCGCCCUCGAUACACCGUUAUCGGCCCUCUCGUUUACUACUACUAUCUUUCAGGCCACCAAGAAGAAGAAAAACAGAGAUACCUGGCCUCGUUUCUCCGCCGUGCUAAACCCAACACUAGCUUGAACGAUUUCAUUGAAUUGAUUGAAAAGUAUCUACCAAAGAUCCGAGGGUGUUACGAGAAGAUGUAUUACAGGUAUUGGGAUGAUUCAGUGGGAAGAGCACGACAAGACAAACGGGCCGGGACUCUAUCACAUUCGUCGUUGCUCAUUGGAAUGAUUUUAGUUGACGCCGGUUUCAUCCUUGAACUCUUGUUAAGAGCUUACUCCGAAGGAUUGAGAGCUGAAAACGAUCUCAUCUUUGCCAAAUCAGGGACAAUCCAUGAUCUAAAACGAGACUUGAUGUUGCUUGAAAACCAGCUUCCUUUCUUUCUUCUCAAGAAAAUGUAUAAACGUGCCUUGAAAUGUAAUCCACAUUACCCUUCUUUUCUUCAUCUCACCUGUCAUUUCUUUAGCCAUUAUUACAACCAAAGCAUCUCCAUUGAUGAAGUUCUAUCACCAAACAAUCCCCAUAGUUCUGAAUAUAGAUCCAACCUGGAAGACCCUAAGCAUUUCACUGAUUUGAUAAGAACAUUUCAGCAACCAUACUCCACGAUUCAUAAGCAGCAGCAGUGUGGAAAAUGGAACAUUCUGAGAGGAAAUACACACUUCAUGAAUUUGAUAUCAUUCCAAAAGCUAGAGGUAAGGGAAGAAUUUGAUGAAAACAAUGGAGAAUUGAAGAUCCCUCCUCUGAAGGUCGACGACUCCACGGAAUCUUUUUAUGGGAACCUCAUGGUGUGGGAGCAAUGCUAUUAUCCGAACGACACUUUCAUUUGCGAUUACAUCUUUCUGAUAGGAUAUCUCAUUAAAUCUGCUGAGGAUGUGAGCAUUCUUGUUCGGAAAAGAAUUCUGAUUAACCAGCUUGGCAGCCCUAUUGAAAUACUCAAUGCAUACAAUGCUGUUCCCCACCAUAGUUGGAUAGCAAUACUUAAGCUCGAGUAUUUUUCUAAUCCUUGGAGAGGGGUUGCUACCAUUGCUGCAAUUAUCUUGCUUGUUCUUACUAUGAUUCAAACCAUUUGUGCUCUCUUCUCCCUUUAG